CAGAUUGUCGGCCUUCGGACGCUCUUACCCGAGAAGUUGAUUAAUCCGACCCGAUUCGCCUUGGACAAUCCCGGUGGGUAUGAGCCUGAGAGACUCGCAGCAUAUUUACACGCAGCGGCACAGACAGGCAGUCGCGACGUUGAACGAUUUAAGAAGGAGUGGCACAGUGAGGAUAUCCGGCAACUCCUGAAUAUGGCCAACACGACGGAGUUACCCCAAGGCACCGAUGCCUGGGUGAUAGACUAUGGCCGUCUUCUUCACAACGUGGAUCCUAUCGAAGAUCAGCCUGCUGCGGUCAGUGGUACCGGCCAGAACUCUGACACUAAUACUCGUGCCAGCCCAUUGGAGUCCAUCAACAACUUCAAAACCAAGCACCCUGGCCUGAUCGUCGAGGUAUUGGAUGAAACCAAGGGCCUCCCGCUCAACAUCACCAUCACGAUCAAUCUCAUCAACCUGAAAUUUCAGGUGGACGAGUCUGCCGACAGGACUGGGUAUAAAGUGGUCGCUAGGCCUAACACCGAAUCAACAGCCAUUCGGGAGAACAUUCUCCAAAAUAUUAGCGAGAACUCUGUUCUUACUACUCUCCUUGAAAACCUCGCAGCAUAUAGCGACAUCAAAUCAAGACCGUGCGACAAAUGUAAAAAGGUCGUCGACAACAAGCUUUUGCUUCCAUAUGUUAGGAAGCCAACAGGACCAGGCGCUGAUCAGCCACUGCAAUUCCUUGCACUCCAUAGAGACUGCAUAUGA